UGCCUAAGAUAUAUACACCUCGCGGUUUUUAAUAACUCACGAGGUUGAAUGUCUGAUAAGUAGCUCGCACAUAGGAAAAAGUACGCGGCUCAGUCCCGAACGCGCCGAUCGCGGGAUUUGUUCUUACUUUCUCGACGUCGACGAUGAUGCGCAAGCUCACAUUAUUAGCAGCGACUUGCUUGUGCUUUUGCGCCGCGGACAAGCAUCAAUACAGAGUAGAGCAGGUUCAAGUGGUAUUCCGUCAUGGAGAUCGCAUACCAGACAAGUCAGAAGUUUACGAGACGGACCCGUACGAUAAGACACAUUGGAAACCCGGCGGCUACGGCAUGCUAACCGACAAAGGCAAAAAACACGCCUACCAGCUCGGUGAGGUGUUACGCGAGAGAUACGACGGUCUGGUCGAACGUCAAUUCAACGAGGAGGAGGUCUUCUCGUACAGCACCGACUUCGAUCGUACACAGCUAUCUCUGCAGAUGGUGCUGAACGGGCUAUUUGCACCGGUUCCACACAAGCCCUGGAAUCAGAUCAAGGAUUUCAAAAAGUUCCCGAUCAGGGUCAAAGCCAGGGGAAAUUUCAUGCGACCGAUCAAACUCUACUGCAAAAGGUACAGGACCCUGUACGAGGUGGCCGAGAACGAUCGAAGUAUCUUGAAGAGAACCGAGAAGCACGAGAAGUUUAUGGACAAGGUGCGCGAAAGCACCCAGUCACCUGAGAGGACGAAGACACCGAAGCUUGCGACUCGUUUGCUCGGUAAUUUGGACUCUGUCAUCAGCAUGGGACUGCCGAUACCCGACUGGUGCACGGGCGAUUGCUACAAAAUUCUUUACGAACUCACCGCCGUACACAUCGACACCUACGUCUUGACCGAGGAAAUGCAGCGUAUGGUCGUCGGUCCUGCCGUCAAAAUCUUCACGAAAAACCUCAUGCUGGAUGAAACGACAGCCAAAGAUGAUCCGAAAAAUAAGAUAAAGAUGUUCCUGUUCAGCGGCCACGACAUCGGGCUGUCUACCAUCUCGCGAGUCUUACGCAUGAAGGAAGUACCCUUGCAGCCGGCCUACAGCAGCGCUUUGAUCAUCGAGAAGCUUCGCGACGAGGCAGACAAGGUCUACGUGAGGAUAUAUUACUACGCCGGAGCCACGGCCCAAAUAAUCCCGAUAAAGCUGGAAUUUCCGGAGAAACCCUCGUCCUCGGUGCUGGGCAUGUUUAAAUCGAAACACUGUAAGCUCGAGUGUCCGCUCAAGAGCUAUUACAAAAUCGUCAAACCCUGGCUUCCACACGCCGACGAAGAAGAAUGCGAGAGCACGACGGCGAGCGGCUCGACCAGCUCGACGUAAAGUAAAAAAAAAUAUAUGUAAUAUAUGUACGAAAAAAAAAAAAAAUGAGGAAGAAAAUG